AUGCUGCCCCGCCGCGCCCCGGCGCCCGGUGCGCAGCUGCUGUCCGCGCCCGCCCUGCUGCUGCUGCUGCUGCUCGGCGCGGGGCCCCGCAGCGGCUGUCUGGCCAGCCCGGUGCCCGCCGCGUCCUUGUCCGUGUCGGGGCCAUGCGGCGCACAGCCCUGCCAGAACGGGGGUGUGUGCACCCCGCGCCCCGCGCCCGGCCCGCAGUCCCCGGCCACCGCCAGCGAUCCCGGCUACAGCUGCACCUGCCCCGCCGGGAUCUCUGGCGCCAACUGUCAGCUUGUUGCGGAUCCUUGCGCCAGCAACCCAUGUCACCAUGGCAACUGCAGCAGUAGCAACAGCAGCAGCAACAGCAGUGAUGGCUACCUCUGCAUUUGCAAUGAAGGCUAUGAAGGUCCAGUCUGUGAACAGGCGCUUCCCAGUGUCCCCGUCUCUGGCUGGACGGAGUCCAUGGCACCCAGACAGCUUCAGCCUGUCCCCACCACCCAGGAGCCUGACAUAAUCCUGCCCCGCUCUCAGGCCACCAUCACCCUGCCAACGUGGCAGCCAAAAACUGGGCAGAAGGUUGUAGAAAUGAAAUGGGAUCAAGUGGAGGUGAUUCCAGAUAUUGCCUGUGGGAAUGCCAGUUCUAACAGCUCUGCGGGUGGCCGUCUGGUGUCCUUCGAAGUGCCACAGAACACUUCAGUCAAAAUUCGCCAAGAUGCCACUGCCUCCCUGAUUUUGCUGUGGAAGGUCACGGCCACGGGAUUUCAACAGUGCUCCCUCAUAGAUGGACGGAGCGUGACCCUCCUCCAGGCUCCCGGGGGCCUCGUCCUCUUGGAGGAGAUGCUUGCCUUGGGGCACAAUCACUUCAUCGGUUUUGUGAAUGAUUCUGUUACUAAAUCUAUCGUGGCUUUGCGCUUGACUCUGGUGGUGAAGGCCAGCACCUGUGCACCAGGGGAGAGCCACGCAGACGACUUGGAGUGCUCGGGAAGAGGAAGGUGCACCACGAAGCCAUCAGAGGCAACUUUUUCGUGUAACUGUGAUGAUCAGUACACGGGUACUUUCUGUGAAGAAUUUGACGCCUGCCAGAGGAAACCCUGCCAGAACAAUGCGAGCUGUGUUGAUGUGAAUGAAAAGCAAGAUGGGGGCAACUUCACCUGUGUUUGCCUUGCUGGUUAUACUGGAGAGCUUUGCCAAUCCAAGAUUGACUAUUGUAUCCUAGACCCAUGCAGGAAUGGAGCAACCUGCAUUUCUGAUCUCAGUGGAUUCACCUGCCAGUGUCCAGAAGGCUACCUGGGCCCUGCCUGUGAGGAGAAGGUGGACCCAUGCGCCUCGGGGCCCUGCCAGAACAACGGGACCUGCUACGCCGAUGGGCUGCACUUCGGCUGCAGCUGCAGCGCAGGCUUCACGGGCCCAGCCUGCACGCAGCUCGUGGACUUCUGUGCGCUCAGCCCCUGUGCCCAUGGCACAUGCCGCAGCGUGGGCACCAGCUAUAAAUGCCUCUGUGACCCAGGCUACCAUGGCCUCUACUGUGAGGAGGAAUACGACGAGUGUCUCUCUGCCCCGUGCCUGAACGCCGCCACCUGCAGGGACCUUGUCAACGGCUAUGAGUGCGUGUGCCUGGCAGAGUACAAAGGAGUCCACUGUGAAUCCUACAAGGACCCCUGUGCUAACGUCAGCUGUCUGAACGGAGGUGCCUGUGACAGGGAAGGCCUAAAUGGCACAUGUGUCUGCGCACCUGGGUUUACAGGUGAAGAGUGUGACAUCGACAUCAAUGAAUGUGACAGUAACCCCUGCCAUCACGCCGGGACCUGCCUGGACCAGCCCAAUGGUUAUACAUGCCACUGCCCACGCGGCUGGGUAGGAGCAAACUGUGAAAUCCACAUCCAGUGGAAGUCCGGGCACAUGGCGGAGAGUCUCACCAACAUGCCCCGGCACUCCCUCUACAUCAUCAUCGGCGCCCUCUGUGUCGCCUUCAUCCUGAUGCUCAUCAUCCUGAUUGUGGGGAUUUGCCGCAUCAGCCGCAUCGAGUACCAGGGCUCUUCCAGGCCGGCCUACGAGGAGUUCUACAACUGCCGCAGCAUCGACAGCGAGUUCAGCAAUGCCGUGGCCUCCAUCCGGCAUGCCAGGUUUGGAAAGAAAUCCCGGCCUGCGAUGUAUGAUGUGACCCCCAUCGCCUAUGAGGAUUACAGCCCUGAUGACAAGCCCUUGGUCACACUGAUUAAAACAAAAGAUUUGUAA